AAAGUUGGCAAACAAAGAAAGGCAGCGUAAUAUCGAGUAUUCGCGUUUAAAGACAUUUUUUUAAGUGAAAGUUAGUUAGUUUAGUGUGUAAAUUGUGUUCAGUGCACGAUGUUAGAUUUGGAAAUUGUCCCUGAACGUUCCCUGGGCUGCGACGCCUGGGAAUUCGUGUUGGGGAUGCAUUUCUCACAGUCGGUUGCCAUUAUACAGAGUCAAGUGGGGACAAUAAGAGGAGUUCAAGUACUAUAUAGUGAUCAGAAUCCACUGUCGGUAGAUUUAGUUAUAAACAUGCCCCAAGACGGGAUCCGGUUAAUAUUCGACCCCGUCGCACAACGACUCAAGAUUAUAGAGAUAUACAAUAUGAAAUUAGUUAAACUUAGAUAUAGUGGCAUGUGCUUCAACUCGCCGGAGAUAACGCCGUCGAUAGAGCAAGUGGAGCACUGCUUCGGGGCGACCCACCCCGGCCUCUACGACUCGCAGCGGCAUCUGUUCGCGCUCAACUUCAGAGGGCUCUCUUUUUAUUUUCCUGUUGAUAGCAAAUUUGAGCCUGGUUACGCGCACGGGCUGGGCUCCCUCCAGUUCCCUAACGGCGGCUCACCGGUGGUCUCCCGGACCACCAUUUACCAUGGAUCUCAACACCAGCUGAGCAGUUCUGCCGGCGGCUCGUUAUGCCAGGCGCCGCUGCCGGAUCUGCCGCUGUCCUGCUACCGUCACCAGCUACACCUGCGGCGCUGCGACGUCCUGCGCACGCACACCGCCACCGUCGGCCUGCGUCUUCACAUGUUCACAGAAGGUAAGCCCCGGGGCGUGUCCGCAGGCGGCGCGCGGCCGGUGGCGGCGGUGCGGGCGGUGCAGUUCGGCGACAGCUGCCAGCGCGUGGCCCGGGCGCUGGGUGCUCCGGCGCGGCUGUACUACAAGGCGGACGACAAGAUGCGCAUCCACCGACCCACCGCGCGACGUCGUCCGCCGCCCGCUUCAGACUACUUCUUUAAUUACUUCACCCUCGGCCUGGAUGUCCUGUUCGACGCCCGUACGCACCAAGUAAAGAAGUUCGUACUGCACACCAACUAUCCCGGCCACUACAACUUCAACAUGUACCACCGCUGCGAGUUUGAGCUUGCUGUACAGCCGGACAAAUGCGACCCGAAUUCGCUGGUGGAGAACCGCGGCGCGGUGUCCAUCACCGCCUACAGCAAGUGGGAGGUGGUGUCGCGAGCGCUGCGCGUGUGUGAGCGGCCGGUCGUGCUCAACCGGGCCUCCUCCACCAACACCACCAACCCGUUCGGCUCUACCUUCUGCUACGGUUACCAGGACAUGAUAUUUGAGGUGAUGUCUAACAAUUAUAUAGCGUCAAUAACGUUAUAUCAGCCGGAGGGAACACGCCCUCAUUACGCGGUCAACUCUAUCGCGUGACAUUCUC